AUGAAAGAUACAAAAGUAUUUAAAUAUUAGGCUAGAAAAUAUAUUAAAAAAUAUAAAAUUAGGAGUAAAAGGAGAUAAAUGAAUAUAAAUAAAAAUGAUUAUUUUAAGAAUUGGUAGAAGGAAUAUUAAGAUAUAUAACACUAUUUAAGAGUGCAAAAAAAAAAAAAAAACAGAAAACAGUUAAAAAUUUUAAUUAUUAUUCUUCUUAAAAAAUUGAUCAAGAAAUUGCUUUCACUUUUCCCAAAAACAAGUAAAAUAAACUUAGUUAAAGAAAAAGAAAAAACAAAAGUAAAUUUAUAUUGUUUCUCAAAUAAAUUUUAGUAUUAUUAAGAAAAAAUAAAACAACAUUUAAAUUUUUAUUUGAUCUAUUUAUUCCUCACCUAAACAAAAUUUGAAUGUAUAGUAAGUAACACUUUUUUUAGAUGGGUAAAUUAUACUUAUUAAAUUUAGAAACACUUUUAUGAGGUAUUAACACAAAUAGAUUAUAAACUUUUUAUUUAUUAUAGUGGAGUAAAAAAAUAAGAAAGUAAACCAAUUUUUAAAAAAAAUCUAUUUAAUAGAUGA